AUGGCGGAAAGGUCGAGCAAAGUGCUGAAAAGACUACACCCCGAAGACCAUGACGACGAUGUACAAAAACGAGCCAGAUCUAACGAUGGCUCCCCUCGUCCUACUACACCUGCAAACGGGGCUUCAGGCGGCAGACCUGACGUGAAUCAGGCCAUCGCUGCGGCCAAAGCAAGAGCCGCUGAAUUGAAGGCUAGGCUGAACAAGCAGGGCACGACACUCUCGAGCACACCACCAACUGCCUCCUCAACUCCUCCUCCAUCUGCCGCUAGUAAUAAGAUCGCUGAGCUCAGGGCACGUAUUGCAGCAGCUACAAGUCGAUCAUCUACGUCAAGUCAACAGAGGCCGUCGUUAAGUGCUGCGCAUACCCCACCAGUUUACAAUGACGAGAGCUCCAAAGGCCGUGGUGGUCUCGACAUCGGUCUACAUCCCGCGCUGCUUGCAGAUACCCAACCAGACGUUCAGAGGAAUCAAGGGAGAGCGCCAGCACGAUUUGUUUCAGGGCUAGGAAAUCGGAAAACCGAGUCACCGGCUCCGCAAAAGGCCCAGCUGGAUCUGUCGGCGCCUUCUUUUGAAGAAUUGAAAGAGAACCCGUACUUCGAUCCAAGUCUUGCUCCUCGAAAUGUCGUUGCGAAGCCACGGCAAUCGCGACAGCUGGUCUUUAACCAAAAAGGCAAAUACAUUGCGCAAGCUGCCGCUCUUCGACGGCAAGCUCAGCUCGAAGAGACGAAGAGGAAGAUCGCUGAGCGGACACGGCUUGCGGGUCUUGAAGAAGAUCUCAACGCAGAAAGAGGCUUUCUCGUGCCUGCACCUCCAGAGAUUGAAUGGUGGGAUGAAGGUCUCGUGGACGGCCAAUCUUAUGACGUGAUUGAUGAUCCCUCCAAGCUCAAGAUUGAUACACCAGACUCCAUCAUCACAAUUUACAUCCAACAUCCAGUCUUGAUCGAGCCUCCUCAGGAGAAACACAACCCACCUCCCAAGCCUAUGUACCUGACUCAAAAGGAGCAGAAAAAGGUCCGCCGCCAGCGCCGUCAAGCCGACCUCAAAGAGAAGCAGGCAAAGAUCCGCUUGGGCCUUGAGCCACCUCCACCCCCGAAGGUCAAGAAGAGUAACCUUAUGCGCGUCCUAGGUGAAGAAGCCGUCAAGGAUCCCACGGCGGUCGAAGCACGUGUCAACCGCGAGAUAGCCGAACGUCAACAUGCGCACGAAGAAACGAAUGAAGCACGCAAACUUACCAAGGAGCAACGCGCCGAGAAACUUGCGCACCAACAGGAAGAAGACGCCGCCCGCGGUAUCCACGUACGCGUCUACAAGAUCGACAGCCUUGCCAACGGCAAGCACCGGUACCAGGUCGCCGUGAACGCAGAACAGCUAGCCCUCACCGGCGUAGUGGUCCUGCAUCCGAAACUCAACCUUGUUGUUGUCGAGGGGGGCGAGCACUCGAUCCAGAAGUACGACAAGCUCAUGCAACAUCGGAUCCGGUGGCAAGAGAUGGAGGCUCCUCGGGCCGUGGAAAAGGGCAACCGCGAAGUCCUGGCCAAGUGGCUCGAGGCCGAGGACGAGAACGGCGAGUUGAAGGAUCUCAGCACCAAUACAUGCGAAUUGAUCUUCAAGGGUGAAGCCAAGCAGCGUAGUUUCAGGAAAUGGCUGGGCGCUCGGACCUGUGAGACAGAUACUCAAGCGAAGGAUGUGCUGAGCCGCGCGAAGAUGGAGAGUUUCUGGAACCUGGCCAAGAGCUGGAAGAAAGACUUCUAG